AUGUCCGAAGGGGGAGCUAAGCGUGCUGCUUCCCCCACUCGGGCAAUUUCCCCGCCUCCACUUCGGCGCAAGGUUGCAACCGUUACCAAAACGACAGUGGCGAAUUUCUUUACGCCAGCAUCACAGAAGAAACCCGAGCCUAUCACUUGGCGGAUUUUGGGGACGAGCUUGAUCGUGGGGAAAUAUGUGCCUGAGAAAAGUGCUUCUCAGACAGUCUCGGAACAUGCGCGAAGGAUAGCUUCCUUUGAUUUGGAUUCUACCCUGAUCAAGACUAUAUCCGGUAAUACUUUCCCCAAAUCACCCAAAGACUGGCAAUGGUGGAAUUCCGCGGUCCCAGGGAAGCUCCGGGAGCUUGAUUCUGAAGGCUACCAAGUUGUGAUCUUCUCGAAUCAGAAGAUGAUCAAGAUCCAAAAGGACAUCAAGAAUGGUAACAGCGAAUCAAAAAGUCUGUCCAAUUUCAAGGAGAAAAUGACUGCCGUCAUGACUCAGCUGGAUAUUCCCAUGAGCGUUUACGCCGCCACGACCGAUCCCGAAUAUAGGAAGCCCCGCUUGGGCAUGUGGCGUGAGUUCCAAGAUGAUUAUGACCUGGAUGUCUCGGGAAUUGAUCUCAAGAAUUCAUUCUUUGUGGGUGAUGCUGCUGGACGGCCGGGCGAUCAUUCAAAUGUUGAUCGUGGAUUCGGCACAAAUGCUGGCAUGGCGUUCAAGACACCGGAGGAGUUUUUCCUCGCGCUCCCUCCUGUGGACGUUCCAGAGAUCUUCGACCCGGCUUCAUACAUCAAAUCGGAGCCAGGAUCGCCUCGUGAAACCCCAGAAACAUUUGCCCGCAAACACCCCAUCGAGCUCGUCGUCUUUUGUGGCAGCCCAGGGUCCGGAAAAUCUACUUUUUUCUGGAAAUACUUGGAGCCUCUGGGCUAUGAACGAGUGAACCAAGACACCUUGGGAUCGCGCCCAAAAUGUCUAAAAGUGGCUCGCGAGUUCCUUGUGGCCCAGAAAUCUGUUGUGGUUGAUAAUACGAACGCGAACGAGGAGACCAGGGCGUACUGGACGGCACUGGCGAAAGAAUUCGAUGUUCCGAUCCGAUGCAUUCAUUUCCUGUCACCCCCGGAGCUUUGCAAGCAUAAUAAUGCCGUUCGAGCAUCAAACAAGGAAAUGAACCCUGAAGCGAGGCAAUCCCUUCCCGGAAUUGCCUUCGGAGACUAUGCACGCAGAUACCGGGCACCUACACUGGAAGAGGGAUUUGAAGAUAUCAUUCCAGUGGAGUUCCAGUUCAAGGGGACUGAGGAAGAAAAGAAGUUGUGGGGCCAGUAUUGGGUUUAG